CAGACACUCAGGAUCUGAUCCAUACACCCAACCACCACAAAGUAUGAAAAUAACUGACUGGUUUCCUCAGGUUCACCCUCACCGAAAUUCAACUACCUGUGUAAUAAUUACACAACUGAAAAUCUCACACAUUAUGUUCGUCAGAAUGAUUCCACUGUGCUUUUCUCACCAGGAUUUCUCUUCUUCCUUUAACACACAGACAAUCGACGACUCAGACAAGUUACACGGACACAGGCAACAGACAAACAGAUCAACCUCAUACCUCGCACAGAAGUGCACCCUUCAAGUCGCCACACUCCACAGCAGCAUCCAAACUACAAGUGGAUACAAAAAGGGUGACAAUAAAGCACACAAAAGUGUAUCGCAGGAGAUAGAAUAUAUGCAUAUAUGCCAGGGUUACUGGAAAUGUUCAAACUUUCGAAGACGUCAAAGAAGCAAUUCAUCUGCGGCAUUGUCACCGAUUUUCAGACAUGUCACCAACAUUCCCCUAACAUCGAUUCCUAUCAUCUCCAGAAACCCAACCAGUCAGUCUACACCUCCAUGCCUACACCGCACAGACCAACAGUCAGAGACUUUAUAUCCUGAGGCUAAACUUCAGUCUUACCACCCACCCCACCUCUACCUGCACGAACUCGUUUCAGAUAACAUUGUGCGAUGGUGACCAGGCAUGCGUAACACAUGUCCCAACCACCUGAGUCCAACGGGGUUCACUACCUCAUCAACUGACCCACCACUUCCCUUCAAGACUCUACGCUACUGACGUGGUGGCUCCGUGACACAUGGCCUAUGCUGCGAAGGCAACAAUGCAUUAACACCAAGAGCCUUCUCAUGUCUUCCACCUCCAAUGACCAUCCUUCUCAGCUAUCAUGUAGAACAGAGUCAACUGAUGCGCAGUACACUCGACGCUUAGUGUGCAAUCGGAUAUCACCUUGAUGACACAACUGGCCUAAGUUGGAUAAAGCCAAUCAAACCUUUCGUAUCCGUGACAAGAUUUCGUCGAACAUUCACCUAUCACAGCUCAUUCGACCUCCCAAGCAAGUGAAGCAGUCAACGUGCUCAAACAUUUCACUCCAUUCCCCCACUAUACUCUUAAAGCAGCAAUUCACAUUCCCACUUAUUCAACAUAAAUUUAGAAGAAAUUUGUAAACACAAUGAUCACAUUUUAAGUUUUUUUCAGCUUUGCCAACAUUUCGAGCGAAAUCACUAUCCA